AUGAAAACAAUCAGCUGGAACUGCAGGUGGCUUGGGAACCUUAAUGCAGUUCGAACCUUGCAAAGGCUCACCACCACAGAAGAUCCUGAAAUAGUCUUCUUGAUGGAGACACGUAGAAAAGCAAGCGAAAUCAGAAGAACUGGAACAAACAUGGGGUACAGAAAUAUACUAGCAGUGGACUGUAGAGGUGAAGGUAAAGCAAGGGGCGGAGGCCUUGCCAUGUUCUGGAAGGAGGACACAAACCUAGAAAUUAUUUCGUACUCUCUGAAUCACAUCCUGGAAAAAUUAGUGGAUGUGGAGAAUAAUACCACAUUCAUAACAGGAUUUUACGGAUUUCCAGAGGAACAAAAUAAGAAACGAUCUUGGGAUUUGCUCAUUCAACUUAAAGCAGAGGUAAAUGGUCAUUGGAUCUGCUUUGGUGACCUCAAUGCAAUUACUUCAAAUUCAAAAAAAAAAAGAAGAGGGGGAGUAGAUAAAACAGUGGAGCAACUAGAUAGCUUCAUUCAAUGCCUCAAUCAAUGUGGUUUGGUGGACUUGGGCUAUUUAGGACAAUCAUACACGUGGUGCAAUGGAAGACAAGAUGAGGCCAAUAUUCAGGAAAGGUUGGAUAAGGGUGUUGCCACUCAAUCCCUAAUAGAUGAAUGGCCAACAACGACUGUGAGACACAUGCAUAGACACGAAUCAGAUCAUUCCCCUCUUUUAAUCCAUGUCUCACGGCAACAACAUGAAGAUAAUAGAAAAAAGAAGAGAGUUUUUAGGUUUAAGGAGCAUCUAACCAGGGAUCACAAUAUGGCUUACCAUCUGAAAGAUGCCUGGACGCAGGGUGGUGAGGGUUUUGAAUGCAAGCUGGAAAGGGUAAAGGAGACUAUUACUGCCAUAGGAACUGAGUAUGGAAGCAUAAAAAAGAGGAUAGCAGAUACAUAA